AUGGGAAGCAGACGCCAUAAGAACAAGCAAGGCGCUCCGCCAAGCCUCGAUGAAUUUCAGGCAAAGAAAAGCAAUAAAUCAGAGCACAAGGGCAAGAGCAGAAGCGAAGAUGUCGACGGAAAGAAGCACAAGUCGAAGCGCAGAGCUGAAAAUGACACAAAGUCUGGCAACAAGCGUAGCAAGACCGAACGCGUUGAAAAGACCAAGUCUAAGGAGCCGGAGCAGACAGAAGAAGAAGAACUACCCGAGGUCGACCUAGAGGAGCUCUCGAAGGCAAGGAAGACUUUGUUCGAUGACGAGGAGGACGAAGGCCAAGAAGAGGAUGGUGCGGACGAAUUUGACGAAGAUCUCAAGGACGAGUUCGACUUGGAGCAGGAGUACGAAGGUGAGGACGACGACGAUGAGGGCGGGCGCCCUGUGUUCUCAGACGACGAAGGAGUCGAUAUGGAGGACCUGAACGCCGCCAACAUGGAGGCGCUCUCCAUGAAGCUGGAUCAAGAGCAGGCCCUUGAGGAAGAGGAGGCCGAAAAGGAACUUGCAGAGGCUGCGCAGCUUCAGCCUAGAGCCGAAAUUUUGCCAACGGAAGAAGAGGAAGAGGCUCUCCGCGACCGUCCUACUGACUUGAACGCUGUGAGGACCCGUAUGAUCGAGAUUGUCAAGGUGCUUGAGGACUUCAAGAACUUGGGAGCCGAGGGCCGUUCGAGAAGCGAAUACGUUGACCGUCUGCUGAAGGACAUUUGUGAGUACUUUGGGUACUCUCAGUUCCUGGCCGAAAAGCUUUUCAACCUGUUUUCGCCAACCGAGGCCCUGGAGUUCUUUGAGGCUAACGAGGUCUCCAGACCAGUUACUAUCAGAACCAACAGUUUAAAGACAAGAAGAAGAGAUCUCGCCCAAACUCUAGUCAACAGAGGCGUGAACUUGAAGCCUAUUGGUCCAUGGACCAAAGUGGGUUUGCAGAUUUUCGACUCGCAAGUGCCUAUUGGUGCGACUCCUGAGUACUUGGCAGGUCAUUACAUUCUACAGGCAGCCUCAUCUUUCCUUCCUGUGGUUGCACUGGAUCCUCACGAAAACGAGAGAAUCCUCGACAUGGCUGCCGCGCCAGGUGGUAAAACAACUUACAUUUCUGCUAUGAUGAAAAACACUGGGUGCGUCUUCGCCAACGAUGCAAACAAAGCAAGAACCAAAUCUCUAAUUGCCAAUAUUCACCGUCUGGGUUGUACCAACACUAUCGUCUGCAACUAUGAUGCUCGCGAGUUUCCUAAAGUGAUUGGUGGGUUCGACAGGAUUUUGCUGGAUGCGCCAUGUUCUGGUACUGGUGUCAUCGCUAAGGACCAGUCUGUCAAAGUCUCUCGUACUGAUAAAGAUUUCAUGCAAAUUCCUCACUUGCAAAAGCAGCUGCUUCUUUCGGCGAUUGACUCAGUUGACGCCAACUCCAAAACUGGAGGUGUCAUCGUUUACUCUACCUGUUCCGUUGCUGUCGAAGAGAACGAAGCCGUCGUUGACUACGCGCUAAGGAAAAGGCCCAACGUCAAACUGGUGGACGCUGGUCUAGCUAUUGGUAAAGAAGCUUUCGUCAGUUACAGGGGAAAGAAGUUUCACCCAAGCGUUAAGUUAGCAAGAAGAUACUAUCCCCACGUCUACAACGUCGAUGGUUUCUUUGUGGCCAAGUUCCAGAAGAUUGCUCCCUCCAAGCACGACGAUAAUCAAGCCAACGCUAGGGAGAAGGAGAAUGCUGCCAGACAAGAGGCUUUGGAGGAAGGUAUUAUCCACGAUGACUUCGCCGACUUCGGUAACGAAGAAGACAAAAAGUACAUCGAAAAAUCCAGAAAAGUUAGUCUCCUCAAAAAGGGUAUUGAUCCUAAGGCGACGAAGAAGAACCAAGGUUCUAACUCAACCCCCAACAAAUCUGCAUAA